AGGAGAUCUCCACCCACCACCGGUCCCCAGCACACCAAACAAUGUCCCUCAUCCGCCCACCAACGCUCAUCUCCCUCGCCGCCCGUCGGCAAACGGGGGGCAUCCGCCGCGUCUCAUCCCAAGCGACCGCAACAACCAGCACAGAAACCCUCGUCGCGCCCGCACCGCUGCCAACGACGACGACACCGCCUGUGUUUGUGAAGCCCGUGCCUGCGGUGCCGCCGAGGAGGAGCGGGGGCUUCUUUCGUGGGGGGGUGAUCGGGUUCUUAACAGGACUCACUCUAGCGGGCAGCACAGCCUACGUGUUCCUCCUGGACGAGUACGAGCAAGCCUCGAACGCGCUGCUAAGCGGGGUGGACAACCUGCAAAAGACGACGGCGAAGCUGCGCGAGCACACGGCCAAGAUCGAGGUGCUGGAGCGCGAGUUUAGGGGGUUUGUGGGAAGAGCGGCGACUCAGAAGGAUUUGGAGAGGGUUAGAGCGGAGCUGUUGAAGGUUAUCGAUGAUGUUAACGUAUCGCACCUGGAGCUGAAAACGCACGUGUGGGAGGUCGAGCAGGAUGUAAAGCAGGCGUUGAAGAAGUAGAGGAAAAAGAUACACCCACGACAUGGCAUCAAUAUCAUACCUCCCUGAAACCUUAUUCAGUUGCUCGCACUGAAAGCGAAUGUUGAUGGGUUCUGUUGCAAGACCAACACGUGCUGGGGGCUUCUGAAUCGGGAUGGAUGCCGGAGUGGGACGCGGCUAUGGACCGGGCUUCGAGAUGGAAUUUGUGCUGAAUGGAACAGGGUCUCACCAACUUUGGGGCAUAGUGAGGAGUGACAAAGUUCGAGAGGGGAUAAGAAGAGGUGUCGGGAGGAGGUGACAAACGCGGAAUGUGGUUCAUCAUGAGAACGUUGGGACAUGCGGAAGAGCUCCGGGAGAAUACCUGGAUAAUCACUGUUGGCGUCAAGGAUCCCACAGAUAGGCGUGGAGAGAAGGGUUGGAUACGGGGUCUGUAGCUUGCCAUUGUCAGG